AUGGCGUUUCACUAUACGGAUGGUAACGUUUCGUCCGAACAUCUUAUGAAUGAUCAUUAUCAACCAGAUUAUUCCCAACCGUAUGUCCUUCAAAGUCAAGAGGCAGAAUAUGAGUUGCGUAGCAAUGUGCUUGUUGACGGAGGAGACAGAUUUGGAGUAUCAGCUGCCGUCUUUGAUAAGUAUGAAGAGUUGAUAUGGAUGGGAAACCAAGGUGGUCACGUAACAUCAUAUUAUGGGCCGACCAUGCAAAAGUACACUUCUUUCCAAGUUCAUGCGACUGAAGAGAUACGAGAUAUACUAACAGUUGACAAAGGCAUCUACUUGCUUACAAAAUCUAUUCUACGUCACCAAAUACGUAGGGGAAUACCAAAAUUUACUCAUAAAUCUCCGAAUAUGGUUGACAUGCAGUGUCUCCUGCAAGUGAAUGAGACUAAGGUACUUAUGGGUGGACAUCAAGAUAAACUCCUUGAUUUCGAUCUUGUUAAGAUGAUGGAAACUGUAAUUAAUGUUCCAGAAGAAGGUUGCGCUGUUAUACGAAGUGGUGGCGGGUCUCUAAUAGCCUGUGGGAGUGCAAAUGGCAUGGUCUCCCUCCGUGAUAUAAGAUGUCCCGGUGUAGCUGAACAUAGCUUCAUGGCUCACACUGCCUGUCUAUCAGAUUUGGACAUGCAGGGAGAUUUACUUGUAACUUGUGGAUUUACACAGUCUGGUGCAGUGGCAGUAGCGGACCCAUAUGUUGUAGUGUGGGAUGUACGUCACAUGAAAGGAAACACAGCGUGGUCAAUCCCUACAGUGUCACCGCCUUUGUUAUUACACUUUGUACCUUCAGUUUCCGGCAGAGCUGUUGCUUUGGCCGGUGAUGGGAAUGUCACAUUGCUACACGUCAAUGAAACACAUGAAUCUGAAUACCAGUCAGUAUUUCAGGUUGACACUCAGAACUCUUUGUGUAGUGUGAUGGAUGUAUCUUCCACGAGUCAGGCGAUGGUGUUUGGAGAUCAGGCUGGUCACUUACAUCUAUUCUCUCCUCAACAUAAUAAUGAGCCCGUCUUCAAUAACUUCUCCAGAGCCACCGAGUUCGCUGACCCUCCCCCCAAUCUCCCGUACGCUAGUUUUGAAGACAACUCCUUCUCGUAUUCAUCAGUGCCACUGCCGCCGCUCGCGUCAGGCUCUAAAUGGUUCAAUGAACUUCCACCCGAAUUCUUCACGAACGUAUACAGAAAGCCUAAGCCUAUAGAUCAAGAAGUAUUAAGAACAAUGAAGAUGCAGGGUCCAAUAGGUUACGCGCCUAAUCCAAGGACGCACAGACGUAAUCAGAUGCCAUACAUAGAAGAAGAUUUGCAAGACAUCGAAAAUCCAGGACGAGAUCGUCGGAACACACAGCAGCCGAUACCUAGAUAUUAUUUGAAGACAGAAGUACGUUUCGAUCAAAAUGGAGAAAAUUGCGAACAAGAAAAUAUUAACGAAACUGGUUUACCGGGGAUACAGAGCACUGUGCCUAAUUCAUAUUGUAAUCCAAUGUUACAGGUUUUAUAUUACAUACCGCCGUUAAAAGCCACAUUAUUGGCUCACACUUGCGCUAAGGAGUUCUGUCUUAGCUGUGAAUUAGGUUUUCUGUUCCGCGCCCUAGACUCGUCCGGGGGCGCCGCGUGUCGCGCCACUAACUUCCUGCGAGCGUUCAGAACAGUGCCGGAGGCCGCGGCGCUCGGACUCAUACUGCCUGAACGGACCACGCCCAGGGUAGAUGUCGCCACUCUCGUUCAGAGUUGGAACCGUUUCAUCUUACAUCAAAUGCACGCGGAGAUAUUGGAAACGCGAAGAAAGGAAAAGGAACUGGCGUAUCUGACGCAGAGAAUAAGAUUAGUGAGACCCGGGAACAAGGCGGUACAGAAACUAUUGAAUGGAGAAAUAGAUGAGUUUGAACUAGACAUGCAGUUCCUGGACCCGACGCUGGCUGAGAAGAAGGAUUACGAUGAGAACUGGCAUAAUGACACCACAUUUCUAAACCGUCCGCCUCAAGCAGAAUGUGAGGAACUAUUAGAAGCGCCACCGACCCCCGACAUAGAGGAGCCCCCACCACCUAUAGAGGACUCGGAGAUAUCACAACUGUUCGCGAUCGCGAGACAACAGAUUAACAGAUGCAUGAAAUGCAACAAGGAGGAAGAACGCGAUACAGUAGUAUUGGCUUGCGCUCUGCAGUAUAGCGCGGGGGUGGGGUUUUUAGAGCUAGUGAGCGCCUCGCUUGCCGCCCGGCGCGCCACGCCCGCCUGGUGUGACACGUGCGGCCGGUUCACACCCACCACGCAGGUCGCGAGGAUACUCAGACUGCCGCCCAUACUCGCAAUUAACUGUGGCGGAAUGACAGCACAGGAAAAGGCGUUCUGGUCGAGAGGUGGACAAAAAUCAACGCCAGAAGUUAUAAAGAGAGGGGGUAGCGGCAAGCCUUGUAGGUACGGACUACAUUGUGCAAGACCUGGGUGUAGAUUUAAACACCCGGAGAGACCGUCCACAACACCUCAGAGUAACACUCAAGACAAUGGUUGUAUACUCCCACACCAUUUGAAUAUAAGACUACAACCAGAUGGUGAAGUUGUCAUUACAGAUAAGGCCAAUGCGACCACUGACUUAAAGUCCGACUUCAAACGUCGUUACCAGUGUGAGAACUACAGUCUUCACGCCGCGGUAGUGUGUGUGGAGGACAAUCCGAGGAAUUUGGUCGCCUACGUUAAGAUACCUGAUGAGAAAGGAGAUCAGAGGUGGUACCUGUUCAAUGAUUUGAAUAUAGUCCAAGUAAGUCCCGAGGAGGUUGUAUCGUUUAGUUGCUGGUGGAAGUGGCCUUGUGUUUUGUUCUACAGCACACAGAGGGCUGUUCAGACCUCAUAG